UUAGAAAGGUAAAGAUAAGCAUAAAGAGAAUAUUGUAAAAGAAAAGAAAAACUGAGAAGAGGAAAAUAAAAUAAAAAAACCUUCCAUCACCCUCCUCCUUUGAUCUCUCUCUCUAUCUCCCUGAUUAAAUCUGGAUAAUCAGGGGGGGUUUCUGCAACUAUCAAUAUGAGACAAAGAAAUAUGUUGACUAGUUUAGACAUGGAGCAGCAUUCUCAAGCUUUUGGCAUCCCUCCUCCACAUAUCUCUAUUCCUAGUUUCGAACCUUACGACAACAACUCAAUGUUAUACGGGCUUCAACAGUGCCAUCAUCAUCAACGUCCUGCCAUGUCAACCCCACCACAUAUCCAUCUCCCUUAUGCGCCUUUUCAUGCUCCACCGUUUGUUCCUGGAGGUACUUCCACUGAACAUGAGAGGGGUGCACAUGUUAUGAGUCACGGAUACAAAAGAAAGAGCACUCAAGUUAUGCCCGGAAAUUUUCAGUAUCAAACCACUGCAGAAGCACCUUUCCCAUUCCCACACUAUGGCCCACAACCAGUAGAUGAGAGGAGUGUGAGGAACAGAGCAGGAGCAGCUACAAUGGAUCCGCCUCUCUCCCAUGUUCAUAAUAAUUUCAUUCAAGGAAGCUAUCUAGCUCAUCCUUUUCCACCUCCUGGCUCAGUCUGGUAUGACCAACAUUGUAAUGGCAACACAUCUGAUGGAUCCUCUUCUUCGCUUUGGCCCCAACCACCCUCUGUACCUUAUAUGCAUGGUCACGGUGUUACUGGCUCCAUAGACUCUGGUAAUGUCUGCUUUCCGAGAUACCAUGAAACAUCUAGUAGCAGAAACCAAACACCAUUUGUAUACCCUAGACACAGCCAUUUUAGCCAUCAUCCGGCACCUCCUCCCACCUUAUUACCUCACUUGGCUUCAGUCUCAUACACUGUUCCCAUGACUAUUCAUGAUGCUUCCUACAGUCAUGUGGGACCAGUUCAAUCAACUGGGUUUAGUAUAAACCCGCAACGUCCCCUAGAUGAUUUUGUACCUGCAGCGACUCUUAGAAACCAUGGACUGCCUCGCUUUAGAGCAUUUCCCACAGAUGAAGUUGCAGUGUUCAGAGAAAGAGGCUUCUACAAUGCUGUUGAUUAUGUUGAUCAUCAUCAAGACAUGCGCUUGGACAUAGAGGACAUGUCGUAUGAGGAGCUUCUUGCUUUGAGCGACCAUAUUGGCACUGUGAAGACUGGCUUAUCAGAAGAAGAUGUGGAAGCUCUUCUGAAAAGAAGAACGUCUUUAUCGACCAGAAUCAACCUGGAAGAUGCUACAUCUACUGAUCUAGAAACAGAUUCUUGCACUAUAUGCCAGGAAAACUACAAGAACCAAGAUAAGAUCGCAACGCUGGAUUGCAGACACGAGUAUCAUGCAGAAUGUUUGAAGAAGUGGUUGGUUAUCAAGAACAUUUGCCCAGUGUGUAAAUCAGAGGCACUUGGUCAUGGAAAAGAAGAAGGAACGAUAAAAAAAUUUAUAGGAGGAGAGAGGUUUCUGCUAGUUCAACCUAAAUAGACGUUAUGGUUUUUUCAACAAUGCUUAUAAAUAUUGGUUUUGUAAGAGAAAUAGAGUCAGGGUAAGUUUCAGCCCCCAAGUUCUGUAAAUUUAAAACUUUUGGGCACAUAAUUUGUAUAACAGUCUAAAGCUGAGAUUGGCUUUGUGACUAUGAAAACUGUAUAGGCUUCUUUCGUUCUUUGUACAUUUGGUUGCUCCUCUGAAGUUUAUUUUGUCUUCUUUA